GCCGGAAGCGCCUGCGCGGACCCACUGACCGGCGGCGUGCACUUGGACCAUGGCGACUCAGGCCAAGCGGCGGCGGGUGGUGGGGCCCACGGGCGGCGGGGAGCCCGACACGGAUCCUGUGGCUGGCUUCCUGCGCUGGUGCCAGCGAGUGGGACUGGAGCUGAAUCCCAAGGUGGUGGUGACUAGGCAGGGCACGGUGGCCGGCUACGGCAUGGUGGCUUUGGACAGCGUGCAACCUGGAGAGCUGCUGUUCGCGGUUCCGCGGGCCGCGCUCCUGUCGCCGCACACCUGUUCCAUCGGAGGCCUACUGGAAAGAGAGCGAGGCGCGCUGCAGAGCCAGUCGGGCUGGGUGCCGCUGCUGCUGGCGCUGCUCCACGAGCUUCAGGCCCCAGACUCACCCUGGAACCCAUACUUUGCGCUCUGGCCUGAGCUGGGUCGCUUGGAGCAUCCCAUGUUCUGGCCAGAGGAGGAGCGGCGGCGCCUGCUGCAGGGCACAGGUGUCCUGGAGGCAGUGGAGAAGGAUUUGACCAACAUCCGCAGCGAGUACUCUUCCAUCGUCCUACCCUUCAUGGAAGCCCACCCAGAUCUCUUCAGGUCUGGAGUUCGCUCCGUGGAACUCUAUCACCAGCUUGUGGCCCUUGUUAUGGCCUACAGCUUUCAAGAACCACUGGAGGAAGAGGACGACGAAAAGGAGCCAAACUCGCCUUUGAUGGUGCCUGCUGCAGACAUACUAAACCACUCAGCCAAUCACAAUGCCAAUCUAGAGUAUUCUGCGGAUUAUCUUCGGAUGGUGGCUACUCGCCCCAUUCCUAAAGGCCAGGAGAUUUUCAACACUUAUGGGCAAAUGGCUAAUUGGCAACUGAUCCAUAUGUAUGGUUUUGUCGAACCAUAUCCUGACAACACAGAUGACACAGCAGACAUUCAGAUGGUGACUGUUCGUGAAGCUGCAGUGCAGAGAGCUAAAAGUACAGCUGAAAGGCUCCUGCUGUAUGAGCGCUGGGAUUUCUUAUGCAAGCUGGAGAUGGUGGGGGAAGAGGGAGCAUUUGUGGUUGGGCGUGAAGAAGUGCUAACUGAAGAGGAGCUGACCACAACACUCAGGGUACUGUGUAUGUCUGCUGUGGAGUUCAGAGAGUAUAAAGACCGGGAUGAAUGGAGAGAGGAUGAAAGCAGAGAGGACAGCCUGACUAUCACAAAUAUCCCCAAACUUAAAGCAUCAUGGAGACAGCUUCUUCAAGAUAGUGUUCUGUUGACUCUGCAGACCUAUGCCACAGACCUAAAAGCAGAGCAAGACUUGCUUAGUAAUAAGAUCUAUGCCAAACUCAGCUGGAGGGAACAGCAGGCCUUACAGGUUCGCUAUGGUCAGAAGAUGAUCUUACAUCGGUUGUUGGAAAUGACAAGCUAAAAGGUCCCCUCUUGCUUGAAGGAAAAUCAGUAACUUCAAUAUGAACUGCUGUUCCUUGCUGCUUGAAAAGGAGGAAAAUUUGGAUCUUUGGCCUUUGUUACAACGUACCAGAAGGUAGCAGAGGUGGUGUGCUAUUUUAAGGAAAGUGACAUUUUUAAGGACUGGGAUCAGCAGGCUUCCAGUUGUUACUUAACACUGCAUUCUAUAGCUGUUUCAUUCUGCUGCAAGAUGGAAUGAAUAGCAUUUAAUAAGGGUUUUGGAGGCAGACCUGAUUCAAAUCUGGGUCUGCGUGGAGGAAGUCACUAAACCUUUUUCGAAGCUCCCAAUUCUGUUGGCAGACAGGACUGGUGCUGGGCAGCAGAGUGGGUUGCUUAUGACCAGUUAUGGGACCAGCACUCUGCAGAUGGUAUGACUCACCCUUGAAGGAAUCUACCCCAAGAUACCCAAGGACACCACACUAAUGUUAAGACUCCAGCUGUUUACUUUUUGAACUUUUUUGCCCACCACCCCCCAGCCAUGAAACUUUUAAUGUGGGUUACAGUAAUUUAAGUGGGAUGUUUCGUAAUUUAAUUUGACCAGAGAUUUUCCAGUUUCAAGUUUUCUUCUGUUGAAACAGAAAAAAGCUAUACAAAAAUAAUUUUCUUACUUGGCAUGGUGGCGCAUACCUAUAAUCCUAGCACUCAAGAGCCUGAGGCAGGAGGACCAGGAGUUCAAGGUCAAAAAAGCUCCAGCUUAGUAUUUAUAAAAGUUGUAUCAUUCAAGAAGUGGUGUCCUAAUGGCUGAGCUCUGCAAGGCUGGGCUGUCUACUUUUCUCCUUACCAGUACUGGCUGCUGCUACAUGAUUUUAAUGUUUAGCUGUAGUCUGCACACACCCAAGAAGUCAUUGAGCUAGGGCACAGGAAGUAGAAAAGCUUCAGAAUAAACCACAAAACUUUAAAAAUCCUUACAAAAAGAGGAUGUUUUGGUUUUUGACAUUUUGUUCAACUGGACUAUAUGGCUUGAGUGAUAAGAACAAUUUUUUUCCCAGUUUUCAAGUAUCAGAAGAGGAAUUGGGGCGGGGAGGGGGGUGGGACAGCAGCCUCUAGAUCUAGUUUGAUUUUUCCUCAAGUGAGGCACCGAGAAGCUGGCACAAAUGCUUUCCCUACAGUCAGCUUUACAAUGGCUCCCAGCAAAGGCAAGCAACGCCCUCCCACCCCGCCCCAACCUCAACUGUCAGCCCAUCCCAUAUUCCCUGCAGAUCAUACCUUAGCACAUCCAUGUCUUUAAUAACUUAGUGGCUUUCAAGGUCUCCUAUCCACAUUAAGAAAAAAAUACAUCACAAGAAUUUAAUAUUUUACUGUUCUUUGGGAUACCAGGAAUGUCAGAAGACAUGGAGCU